AUGUGCGAGUGCAAGGCGCUGCCGAUCCGCUUUGAUUACACGCCGAAGGGCAAGGUUGAGGCCCUGGGUGGCGACCUGGAGGGCUAUGUCGUUGCGGGCACCAAGCCUGCCGCCAUCAUCAUGCUGUAUGACAUAUUUGGUUACACAGAGUACCCGCAGAUCAAGCAGGUUUGCGACCACCUGUCUGCAGCCACCGGCUUCACAGUUGCCAUACCCGACGUCUUCAGGGGCAAGCCUUGGUCGAUGGCCAAGAGCCCGGCAAAGCCGGAGGACAACCUUAUCGGCUGGAUCCAGAGCGUGGGCAGCUACGCGAAGGUUUCCUCAGACCUGAAGCUGACCGUGGACUUCCUCAGGGCACGCGGCGCCGAGCGCUUUGGCAUCGCUGGCACCUGCUGGGGGGCGUCCAUCGCCCUGACCGCCUGCUCUCAGCCGGACGGCGUCUUUGAGGCCUGCGCAGGCCUGCACCCCAGCCUCUUUGGGAAGGACAAGGAGUUUGCAGAGGCGCUGCUUCGGCCCGUGGCGCUGGUGUCCGCCAGAGGUGACCCGCUGGAGACAGUGCAGGAGGUGGUGAACGGCAAGCCUGACCUGGCGCCCAAGUGCAUCUGGAAGCGCAUGGACGAUGUUGAGCACGGCUUCUGCGCCGCCAGGGGUGACUACAAGAACGAGGUCGUGACUCAGAGGGUGGCCGAGGCCGUGCAGCUGCUCGCCGGCUUCUUCACCAGCAACGUGGCGUGA